CCUGAAAAUAACUGGCAACUGACAUUACUGGCCACUGUCGAUUUGUUGUGGUUGACGGUUUCUUGUUUCUUUUCCUUGAUGAGUCUUGACCUUGGUCUUGACUUCUUGACCAUCCCAUUUAGGUUUUUGCUUAGCAUAGAGUAGUAAAAUUUCCAUUAAAAUCAAAAUAAACUGAAAGUUAAAGGGAAGCCAAGAAGGGAAAGCGGAUCUAUCUUCAGAAGAUGGCCAAAGCAAUUGAACAAUAUUCCUUCAAGGAAAUCGAAAAACACAACGACAGUAAAAGCACCUGGAUUGUGAUCAACAAUGAUGUUUAUGAUGUCACCCAGUUCUUGAAGGAGCACCCUGGUGGUGAAGAAGUGCUACUCGAACAAGCCGGGAAAGAAGCCACUGAGACCUUCGAAGAUGUCGGUCACUCUAGCGAUGCCAGGGAAAUGAUGGAAAAAUUCAAAAUUGGUACUUUGGUAGCCGCCGAACGUAAAGCUGAUUUGCCCAAGAAAAGUGAUGCCGAUUGGAAGGAGCCAUCAGAUGCGUCUUCUUCGGAUAGCUCAUUAAAAUCAUGGAUCCUCCCUGUUGCCUUAGGAUUGAUAGCUACAGCAGUCUACCGUCUCUAUUUCAUGUCAUAGGCUAGUAAAAGAAAUCUUUACGCCACUACAUGAGAUUUAUUUCGACAACACUUAAGAUGCAUUUAAGGGUAUUUAGGGACUAAAAACUAUUAAAAUAAUUUGCAACCUGGAUGUCUAUUUUUGGAGAAAUUAUCAAUAAAAUUGUUUAGCCAUUAAAUUAAUUUGAUUAGUGCUAUGGAUGUGCCUUUGGUCAAUGGUUGAAGUACUUUCAAUCUUCGACCAAUUUGUUUUGAAAUGCCAGGUUAAUUUAUGAACAACCCUGUUCAUUUAUUAACCUUUUGGUUUGUUACUAAAAAAUGAAUGAGACGUUAGUGUUUUAAGUUUUUUUAUUAUCUACAAAUGUGCAAACAUAUUUUACAUUUAUUAUAAACAUUUGUAUUAACUGUUUGGCUGGCACUAUUAAAAUAAAAAAUAUUAGUUUUAUU